AUGGGCAGACAGCUGCAAUGUCCAGCAUUGCCCAACCCAAUCAACGGCGCACUGAGUCCAACCGGAGUAGCCACCAACCAGACGGUGGUCACCUUCUCCUGUAACACGGGAUACGUUCUGAUCGGCGCUGCUACCACGACGUGCCAAGCUGACGAGAGAUGGAGCAACCCUGUUCCAACAUGCACACCCAGAGAGUGUCCGCCAUUGACGGCCCCAGCUAACGGAAUGCGGACACCCACAACCAGAUCGAACUUCUACACGAACACGAUCACGUUCACCUGUAACUCAGGAUACGUACUGAGCGGAGUCUCCCCUUUGACCUGCCGAGCUGACGGAACAUGGAGCAACACUAUCCCAACAUGCGGACGAAGACAAUGCCCCGUGUUGACGGCCACCGCUAACGGAGUGCGGACACCCGCUACCGGAUCGAACUUCUACACGGACAUGAUCACGUUCACGUGUGACACCGGAUACCAACUGAACGGAGUCUCUACUUUGACAUGUCAAGCUGACGGAACAUGGAGUGGUAAUGCCCCAACAUGCACAAGUUCUGGUACAGGUUCAGGCAUACAAUGCCAGGCGUUGACGGCCCCAACUAACGGAGCGCUGAAUCCAUCUGCCGGACCGUACGUCUCCCAGCAGGAGGUCACGUUCACCUGUAACACGGGAUACCAACUCAGUGGCAGUUCUACCAGUAGGUGCCGAGCUGACGGAACAUGGAGUAGUGCUGUCCCAACAUGCACACUUCCACAGGUUUCGACAUCGCCGGCGUCCGUGUCUCCCCCAACAGUUUGCUCUCCGAUCUGCGGAGUCCUGGCGUCCUGCGUUCUCACCAACGGCACAGCGCGGUGUGUCUGUAACACAGGCUUCAAAGGGGACGGCUUCACGUGUAGUGAUGUUGACGAAUGUUCCACCUCCCCGUGCACGGGUCCGAAUGAGCACUGCAAGAACCGGCCGGGCAGUUUUGACUGUGUCUGUCUUCCCAUUUACAUACGGUGGGGAGAUGACGACAACUGUACAGCAACCAGCAGGCAUAAUAUCGACGUCACCUAUACAGAUAACUUUGAUUACAAUCCCGACCAACACGAUGGAAACAGUAACGGCUUCCAUGCAGAGAGACGGCGGCAUAUGAAUGAGUUUGAUGAUCUAGUAGACGAUUGGGUGGACAAUGUCCCAGAUGUUGACAAAGUUGCCACGCCAUUCAACAACUUCCGGAGCGGGAGCCUCAUUGCCAAUAAUGACGUCAUGCUGGCGGGAAAGCCGCUGUCUAGUGCGCAGGUGCAGGAGGGUCUAAACAGACGAAUCACCUCUGAUCCGAAUUCAAACUUUUUACAAGUCACAGCGAAACCUUACGAUUACUGCGGCGACUCCAACACACAGGACGCCUGCUACAGUCGGGACUACUGCACCAACACCGACACGGGCGGCUUCACCUGCCGGUGCCCCACGACUCAUAUAGACGACUCUCCCGAUGGCCUACCCGGGCGCAACUGCAACACGGAGGCAGUUUACGAGGACGUCCGCACACCAGGCAUGGCGGUGUCUCAGCGAUCCGAAACCGGAAGUGACGUCUACUCCUAUCCCAUGGCACCCCUACCCGUACCUCCGCUUCCGUCCCAACCUAGCGGCCAUUACCAGGAGCUGAGGCCAGCGGUGUACCAGAGUCUACAAAGGCACCAGCGAGUUUGUGUCAACUAG